AUGGGUUUUAACUUAAUGAUGUUGUUUUGUCUGGCUAUAUUCCCUUCUGUUCUUUCCUGGAACCCAAAUUGGAAAUGCCAACCUCCCAGGGCUCCAAUACCAACCAAACCAACCCCUAGGGCAUGGAAGUUCCAUGUACUUGCCUUGGAAAAUCUCAACAAGACCAUAGCCUCUACCUUCUGUCCUAUUACAGGGUGUGCAAGUACUAUAAGUCUCACUUUUGAUAUAAGAGAUACCUGUCAAGGGAAAUGUAUAAAUGACUUUUACAAUGCUAUGUCCUCUCCUAUAUAUGUCUGUUUUGUCUAUGAGCAAACUCGAUCAGACUGUCAGGACCCAAAUUAUGGAGGAUGUCCACACUGGGGCUGCAAAUAUCAUAGUACUUGGCCCAGAUGGGGAGGAGAAAAUCCAUCCAGACUCAACUCAGUUGAUUGGCAUACUAAGGUCACCUACUCAAUCCCUGAUCCCUGGAAUGAUAGGUGGAGAACAGGGGUCGUGGGUUAUGUCUAUAGACAUAAUGAGAGGGAUACAGCUUUUGACGGGAAGACUAAGAUACUCAUCUUUAGAGCUUUAGCCAAGUUCACGCCUCAAAAUUCCUUUAUUUGA